AUGGAGCAUCUACGUCAGAAGUCGUCGGCCAUACCGUCUUGGAGCGAAAUAAUCAAGAGGGCAAAGACAAACAUGAUGGAAAAGCGCAACCCUUUGGACGUCGAAGAAAGAAAGCAGAUCAGCAAGUGCAUCAGUUUAUUGAUGGAAAAUAUAAAAAUAAACAGUGUCAGCGAGCUAUUCGAACAGUUGGAGGAUAUCAGCUCAAAGACCUCGCUUACGUUCAUGCGGAGUCCAAGCGCCAGCACCAGUUCGUUCAUCACCUCCGACUGCUUUUUCAUUGAGAUCGUCGCUGACGAGGUCGGCAAGGCAGUGCGCGUGUGCAUCACCUUCGGUCAACAGGCGGCCGAAGAAUCGGACGCUCUGCUGAACGUCAUCAACUCCUGCAACUGGCCAGAAUUGGAGAAGCAUCUUAACGGUUUGAAGAUGGCCUACAUCAACACAAGGGACAGGACCUUGAAGUCGCAGGCUUUUUCCUUUGUGCAGAACGUCGAGAAACAACUCAGCGCCUUGACCACUCCACGUUGUGAUAUCGAGAACCUUCCCGAGUAUUUACUCACAUCGGAUUACGGCUAUUUUCAGCCACGCAAUGCCGGAAUAGCGGGCAGAUUGUAUUUUUUCGUUCACCCCUACGAUCUUCUGGACGUUCAAAACAACAGUGUGCGUCGAACUGUCAGUCUUUCGGAUUUAUCCAAGCUGAAAAUCGGGACCUAUGCCGAAUUGUUACUCAGUAACUGUGAUCAAAGUGAAAAACUAGUGAACGGCUUUAUGAUGGACGAUUUAAAUUUUGCACUUGAAAGCAUGUGCCAUGGUAGCACGAUGGAUGUGUGUGCUACAUUUGUCUUUCGAUUUCCGGCCGGUUUACUGGUUACCACGGAAAGUGUUGAGAGGUUUUCGACCAGCCAGUUCUCAAACCGGAUCACUUAUGGACCUGAUUUUGCGAAAGAGAAACUUCGAGUGCAGUUCAGACACGAAAGUUGCUUCGUUUAUUGUUACAAGCUUCCAGGCCAAAACCACUGCUACUGGAUCAACAUACGGGGAGGCGUAGAGGCGGUCGAUAUUACCGAACUACGUUUCCUCAACACUAACCUCAUACCACAGAUCAUCAACAUACUUCGUGCCAACGUACUCCUCACAUCUGUAUUUGCCAGUAGUGUACGGAACGUCAAGCAGGGAGCCGCGCUGCAACAAGAUGUCGUCAAUGAUCAGGGACUGUGCUACAUUCACAUUGACUGCCAUGACACGUCCACCAUCGAAUGUGUGUUAGAAAACCUGAAAGACGGCAGUUUCGUUUCAGUGAAAUUUGACCUGUCUGAUUUUCGCGCAUUCAACGUCCUGGUCUCCAGCCUUUCGGGCAGCAUGCUUUCGUUUCCCGUGGAUGAUGUUGAAAAGGUUUUUGCAAAAUGUUGGUCGAUUCCGGUGACGAUGCGCUCGCUUAUUUUGAAAAUGACAGACAUUCCGAAGGAAGAAAUCAAGAACUUCUACAAGACGCCGCCAGCGGCCCCAGUUGUUUGCUCCACCGACUCUUGGAAUGAUGUUUCUGAUCAGAGUGAUAGUGUUCUUCUUCGUUCUGCCUACAACAAUAAGCAAAACUUUUCUUCUUAUUUACCUGUUAAGGAAAUGUUGCCUUGUUCAGGGAAAGCGGCGUGCGACAAGCGCCACCGCGACCAUCAUUUCCAAUCUAAUCUUUUAAAUUUGACUGAAUUUUCUUGGCGUGCUCCAGGUUCCAAUAAUCGACGCCCCUCAAACCUGCUGGACUUGUUUAAAGAAAUCGAAGUCUGGCACGAACUGAUCCCUCCUCGCCAGUGUCAGGUGAUGAAGAAGCAGUUCACCACCGGUCAGCCUCAUGUACGCAACAGUUUUCACGCUAACGCGACACAGCCGCCGCAACUGCCGGUAUCAGCGCCGCUAGGCGUUGUUUGUUCGGUGUCUAAUAACAAGGGCUCGUCUAAGGCUCGACACAUGAACAGCACAUCAGAAGCACUUACGGAGCUGGACGAGUUAUGUCAGCUGUCCAGUUCAUUGACCGAUUCGGCGCACGCCGUGUUCGACGACAGUCACGGCUCCUCCCAUGCCCAAGGGGAUACACCGACUGCGGUGGAAGCGAAGUCAGUGGUGACCAGCUUUGUGGAUAGUAACAAAUCGUCGAUUCAAGACGCGAUUGACAGCGUCGUUGGGUCAGUGAAUUCGUCUCCUCGCAAUAGCAUAGACGUGUUCGAUUUCGAGGCAUCUGCAAGCACCUUCGAUCUGGGAGCUGGCCUGGACAUCCACCAUCAUUGGAGUAGUCAAACAGACGGUCGGGCAUCGUUAUCCGGCCAUUUGCACAGUGUUUCAACAUCAGGACGUGUGAAUGAGGAGCUGGACGCCAGUUCGUGGGCGGAGCAGCGGAACGCUUUGGCUUUAAGAGGCAUCUUAGGCACUCGCGGAGGAUCGAUCAGGCGGAGACGCGCCCGCAAGUCGAUGGGCAACGUAGCUGACCAUACUAUGGAGCUGGUCAUGAAGGGUAUGCGAAAAGCGGAGCGAAUGGUACGAGGAACGGGUGGCCAACGCAGACCGAGGAAAGCCCGCGUUCUGUCAGCCGAUAACAUUCGCAACGUAGCGAUGAACCCUGGCAGUAGCGGCAGUGGUGCUGGAGGUGCCCCUUUUCUGUCCAGGAAGCUGCCAUUGAAACUGUGCCAGCAACAGCAGGGUAUACCGAUGACCACCGGCGGCGACGACACGCUGGACGCGUCCGGCUACGAACUGCAGCUAUGUACUGUGCCAUCAGUGUUUGGAAUGCAUGAUGGACGAGGGUUUCACGCCGUCUCCUCUGGGGCAAGGGGUGAGGACUCCGCGACGACUGUGACAACGUCCAACCAGCAACGAUUAGAAUCGUGUUUGGAAAGCGAUGGCUCAGAUGCCUCGGAGAGGUUCAAGGACGAGACGCUGCGAAAGCAGAUGCAGGCAGUUGUAAGAGCGGUGUUCAGCGAUGUGAAACUGACGUCGUUCGCGGACACGGAAACCGAUGUCUUGUCAUCGUCUACCCCAAGUUCGAGCUUCUCUGGUACUGAAAAGAACUACUGCUCUACCAGCGGCAAUGUUUCGUCAGACUACGGCUCUUUCGACAGUUCAAAAGGAGGAUCCAACGUUUUCCAUGAUUCAGCCACCAAUGAUAUAGGUUCUUUGAUGGUCAGUGCUUCUAUGGGGUUUGCAGGUAGCGGUUCUUCCAAAUUGCACAAAAGAAAGAACUCGCUGGACGCCGUCAUAGGCAAGUUGAUGGACAAGGUUGGCACUGGAACGAUCGACAGCUAUACAGAACAGUCAGCAGACGAGUCGAUGAUGGACGCAUCUGCUGAGCAGGACGUCUACGAAUUGACUUCUGCGGCCAAGCGCUUUAAAGAAGAUGACACUGGCGGCAAUGGCCAAGGGGGGACAUCGUCUUCCUCGUCGUCGGCAAGAUUCUUGUCUGAAAUGGUGAGCGGAGAAAAGAAGGAACCCGUGUCGCUGGUGAAAGCUCUGGCCGAAAGCGGCAGUGGAGAAAAUGUGGAGAUCAGCGAGCGAAUCAAGCUGGUGAUCAAGAAGAGCAGCAUCAUCAAGUUGCCUUCAUCAAAGUCGUCAUCCUCUUCGAGCGCAAAGCAACAGCGGGCUGAAAAUAAGGCGAAUAUGUUAAGCUUGAAGCGGUCUUCGCCACCGCUGACCUUUUCAAGCCUAGCUUCCGCACAGGUUUCGUUACCCAUGAAAUCGCUGUCUGACAAGGAUCCGGUUUUGUUGUUAGAGAAGCUGCAAACUGGGAACAAGCUCGAUGUUCUUAAGCAUAAGAUACAGGACAAGAAGCUGAGGAAGCAGGUCAGCGUUCACGGAGAACAGCCGACACGUCAGCGGGUAAGGUCAAGUAGCGCUGUGUCCAAAACCGAGAAAGCUGCUGCCAAACAGCAGAAACAGGCGGAAGUUGCGGCCGAAAGGAAAAGUUCCGAAAAGGCAUCACAGAAACCUUCGUCGAACGCUGGAACAACGUCUGCUUCCGGGCCGGGCUCUAACGAUCUGCCUCGUGUAUUCUCAGGCUCGGAAGGCAUUCUUUUCAGCAAGAGCCUCAAAGGCUUCAAGAUACCUAAGAUCGAAGACAGUUCCAAGGCCGGGCAGUCGUCUGGUGGCGGCGGUGGCGCCGUGUCUUCCGCAUCGAAUCUAUCGGUGGGAGGCGGUACAUGCUCAUUACUACCUCCUUCUCAGUCAGUUGCUCAACAGCAGCAGACCGAGCCAGUGGGCGGUGCUGCGAAGCCGAUAGUCGACACGCAGGCGAGUGAGGAGUGUGUGGCCAAGUCGACCUUGAGCCAUUCGAAUCCGAAUUCUGAACAGUCAAAGUCCCCCGCUCGAAAGGUGUUCUCUUCUCAACAGACAACGGCUAAGGUACCCAAGUCCAUUCUGAAGCACGUUCCGACGCCGCCACUUCAACCACAGUCAGUCGGCGCCCUUGGCAUCUUUCCGCCGCAAAAUGACUACCCAGCGUCGACUUCUUUUCGUCCAUAUGCUAGGAAAACGCUACUGCCAGAUCCACCUGCUCAGAAUAAAAUCCUCACCACUGACCAGAAAAAUCAGUGUGUGACUCACCAACGUCCAGUUUUACUUGGCUUUAACGCGUCGUCUUCGUUAGAACAGGGACCACCGAUGACGCGACCUCUCGCACAGACGGUGUUGACUCAGCAGACCAGCUCUCCCAUAUCCGUUAGUCCUCCUGACAUAAUACCCAGUCCUGAGAGCAACGGUCUUGUUAUUGAUGAUACCCCAAAAUCUCCAUGUGGCAUACAGACUUGUGCUAAAGAAGGUGACCCUGCUUACAAAUCAGUACAACAAAAAUGCCCCGCGUACGUGGCCGGUGACUUACCGUCACAGGCUGCAACGACGGCAGCUAGCGCCGUAACAGACAAUAAGGUAGAAGGUGAUAAAUAA